UCUACAUGUAUACACGGCGUACAUCGGUGAAGGCGUACUGAAGCCGUAGACGUCUCGCACUUCACGCAAAUUCCUUCUCCUUCCGCGCCACCACCCUUUCUUUCUUUCUUUCUUCCUCCCCUCCUCUUCCUCCCUGCGAAAGCCGCGAGAAGCGGCGGACACGAGGACAGGGAGCCCUUUUGCGCCCAGGCCCCUCCCGUUCCGCUGCAUUCGAGUUCCCCGCCCUCGAGGAGGAGCCAUGGGCGUGCACGCGGGGCGCGCCGGCGGCGGCAAGAAGCUCGCGCUCGCCAGCAUCGGCUUCGCGGACGUCCGCGUGGGCGCCGCCGGGGGUGGUGUCUACAAGGAGGACCUGCUCGUGGUGGGGCUGCCAGUGCCCAAAGACGACGGCCUGGACGCCGCCGGCUCCCUCGGGGACUUGGCCGUCAGGCUGCCGGACGUCGGCGCCGCCGUCAGGAUUUUUCUGAGGAACAGAGAAGUCGCAGAAUUCGUGAGUGGAGCAUUGGCUGGUGCUAUGACUAAGGCUGUUCUUGCUCCUCUAGAAACUAUCAGGACAAGAAUGGUUGUUGGGGUAGGAUCAAAACAGAUUUUUGGUAGUUUUGUGGAGAUCAUCGAACGGAAUGGUUGGCAAGGACUUUGGGCAGGUAAUACGAUAAAUAUGCUCCGGAUUAUUCCAACUCAAGCGAUUGAGCUCGGCACAUUUGAGUGUGUCAAAAGAAGUAUGACAUCAGCCCAAGAGAAAUGGAAAGAGGAUGGGUGCCCAAAGAUACAACUUGGUAAUUUGAAAAUCGAGCUGCCAUUGCACUUAUUAUCACCAAUUGCCAUUGGAGGUGCAGCUGCUGGAAUAGUUAGCACUUUAGUGUGCCAUCCUCUAGAGGUUCUUAAGGAUCGCUUGACUGUCAAUCGUGAGGCUUAUCCUACUAUCGCCAUUGCCUUCAACAAGAUCUAUCAGACUGAUGGCAUUGGUGGUCUUUAUGCUGGCCUCUGCCCAACAUUAGUUGGCAUGCUUCCUUAUAGUACAUGCUACUAUUUCAUGUACGAGACGAUCAAGACUUCUUACUGCUGUGCACAUAAAAAGAAAUCUUUGAGCCGCCCUGAGCUACUAGUUAUUGGAGCUAUUUCAGGUCUAACUGCAAGCACAAUCAGCUUCCCUCUGGAAGUGGCAAGAAAGCGGCUCAUGGUGGGAGCCCUACAAGGGAAGUGUCCGCCCCACAUGAUCGCGGCAUUAGCUGAGGUGUUCCAAGAGGAGGGCUUCAAGGGGCUUUACCGAGGAUGGGUGGCGAACUCCCUGAGGGUCAUGCCGACGUCCGGCAUUACCUGGAUGUUUUAUGAGGCAUGGAAGGAUCUCCUUUUGGCUCCCCGGCUUCAUACCUAGCAAGAGCAAUACCAUGCCUGAGAUUGUUCAACAACGCAGGCGUUACCGUUGCUGCAGAAUAAGGCCUCUUUUGAAUUGCGGGAUUUUUUCUCGAAUCUUGUGUUUUUCCUGUGAAAUUUCUGUACCAUUCUUGUGAAAUUUGUGCGUUCGAAAGAAGCCCUAAAUUUGCUUGCUGUGUGGGAUUUCUAAUCCUUUUUUCUUGCAAAUCCCACACAUGCUAGUUAUCUAUAUAAGAGAGGCCAUCUUGUGCCAUUGUGCCGAUGAUUAGAAGCAUUAGUUAAUUGGCCCGGCUAACCUGGAUUGUCUAAUUACCAGCAACUGUUAACAGACAGGCUCUGGGCUGGGUAUGCAUUAGCCCCCAAGCAAUGUUGUUGUGAAA